AACCACCAUGUCUUAAUUUUCACGUGUUUCAGAUCGUUACAACUAUUGCACGUAAUUUCCUAACAUUGCAUUCAUUUAGCGUUUAACCUCUGAUUAACAAUUCUACAAAAAAGAAAACCCCUCUGAUUAAGAAGCUGUCCAGGUUUUGAAUACACAAAGGGUGAAAUUAAGAUGAUGCACUGUUGUUGCAUUGUUAGAAGCAUCUGUGAUGGGUUUUCCAAUCAUAAUUCUAUCUGACCAUUGGAGACCCAAGAGGAUCAAUCAUCUAUCCUACAACAAAAUCAGAAAAUCACAAAAAUUUGCAGGAUCAAUCCAGAAUUGUCCAAUUUAAAUGGUCAAUGGCUCAUUCUAUUGUAAAACCUGUGGUGUUAACCUUGCAAGAACCGUCCAGGUUGAAAACAUCGAAGGAUGCUAAAACCACAGAAGGAGAUAAUACCCAUCAAAAUUCUGUGACCUUUGUUUAUCAAACCAAAAUAGCAGAAUCAUUGCGAAGUGUAACAGUUUCAUGGUGCAAGGACAGCACAGAUCAUUUCGUUUCCAUCGGCGUAGAGAACACAUUGGUAGAAAACAAGUUCUCCUUCAAGAUUGAUUUGGAAUCUGGACAUGCUUGGGGGAAAAAGGGUCUCAGGUCGUUUGAAAUGGCAGGUACAAGAGUAGACAUUUACUGGGAUCUUCGACACGCGAAAUUCUCCACAGGUCCACAACCUAUUUCAGGUUAUUACAUUGCAUUGGUUUGCAAGAAAGAGGUGCUUUUGUUGUUGGGAGAUUUGCAGAAUGAUGCUUUUGAAAGAACCAAAUCAAAACCAUCCCCAGAAGAAGCAACCUUGGUAUGCAAGAGAGACAACGUGUAUGGGAAGAAGGUGUUUUGUACCAGAGCCAUUCUGGAAGAUGGUAAGACAGAACAUGAUGUUGUGAUUGAGACUUCUCUUUCUGGUCCUGAUGAUCCAGAAAUGUGGAUCACCAUAGAUGGCAUGUUGACCAGCAGAAUAAUGAACUUGCAUUGGAGAUUCAGAGGGAAUGAUAUAGUGAUGGUGAACAAUUUUCCAGUGCAAAUCUUCUGGGAUGUGCAUGAUUGGCUUUUUACAAAUGAAAUUGGUCCAAGCCCUGCAUUUUUUGUUUUCAAGCCAGGAUUUUUGGAAGGUGCUAACGACCCCAAAAGCAGAGAAUGCCCAGAAAAAUAUGGAGAGAGUAGCAGAAAUGAACUGCAAGAGGAGAAUUCAUGCACCACAGGAUUUUGCCACUUUCUGUAUGCUUGGAGAACUGCUUGAGAUUCAUUGUGCUUUCCCAAAAGUAUUUCCUUUCCUUUCCUUUCCUUUCUUGUAGCAAAUGCUUUCAUAGA